CAAUGGCUACAUACCAUAAAUAUACCUCUUAGCAUAGAAGAAGAGCAAGUCAACAUGGAGAAUGCAUCUCAAGACAAUCACUUCUCAUCUUCCACCACCACUUCUUCAUCUUCAACCACCACGACCACCACUGGUUGCUCUUCUGUGUCGUCUAUCUUCACCUCUGAUGCAUCGACUGUCCAGAUCAUAACAUGUGGUGAAAUAGACAACAAGUCUCAAAAAGGCUUGAAAAGAGUUCAAAAGGGAAAUGAUGGCAACGAACGAAAGAAACAGAGUAGAAACGAUGCUGGUGGUGGUGCUAGUGAGCAUCUGACGUAUCGUGGUGUGCGAAUGAGGAGUUGGGGAAAAUGGGUGUCAGAAAUCCGUGAGCCACGUAAGAAAUCAAGAAUAUGGCUCGGGACAUUCCCAACGGCUGAGAUGGCGGCUCGAGCUCAUGAUGUAGCGGCUAUAGCCAUAAAAGGUCACUCGGCUUACCUCAACUUUCCUAAAUUGGCACAUCUACUUCCACGACCAACCACUAUAUCACCAAAGGACAUCCGGGAAGCGGCCAACAAGGCUGCUACCACCUGUGGUGGCCAUGAACCAGAGCCACCAAGCCAACCCACGCUUUCUCAUUCUCACUCGUCAACAACUCUAUCAUCAAAUAACACUCAAAAAUCAAUCACCUCGACAUCAAUCGAAUACGAUGAUACAUUUUUCGACCUACCUGAUCUUUCUGUCAACAACACUGAUCGAAAUGAUACUUUCCAUUUCUAUCCUCCAUCAUGGCAGUUGGAGGUUGAAGCAGAUAAAGGCUUUAGGAUUGAAGUUGAAGAGCCGUUUCAUUGGCAUAUUAGCCAUUGAAAAGAUAUCCUCAUUUGAAAUUACCCACUAACCCUUCAAAAUUACUAUAUAUAAAAAGCACAUCCUUGUAAAUUCAACCACCCAAAAUUUUGUAUUGAUGUACG